AAAAAGUUACUGAUCGGCUUCUUUGGACUUCCAAAGCAUUAAUUCCGCCACACGCGGCGCUGAUGGCUUUCUACACAGGAGGUUCCAGCGCAUUGUCGAACGCCAAGUGCGCCAUGAACUUGUGUAAUCCUGCACAACCAUCCAAUGCGACGUGUUGUAAACAUAAAAAUCCAAGUUGCUACUUCUGUUUCGGACGUGACAAACCCGGGUCAUCAAUGUUAAUACUCUUAGUACAAACUUUUAUUUACAUGUUUCUCGUGCUCUUGACUCAACACGGCUACCUGAAGCAAUGGUGGAAUAAGCUGUUGAAUUUAAGAUACGUCAGGCCGCUGAAGCGUUGCAACGACGAAAUGGUCCGAGCCGAAGAGGUUUACGUCAGCAACGCCGCUGCACUGCCUGUGGCGGCGCAAGCUACCAACGCGUUAUUGGUUAAAGACGUGCACGAAAACUACGUAAGCCUUGAAAGCUGCCGUAUCAAGAACUGUAACGCCGUCAAGGGUGUUAGCUUCUCUAUUAAAAAAGGCGAGUGCUUCGGCGUGCUGGGCGUGAAUGGUGCGGGCAAGUCGAGCACGUUCCGCACGAUCACCGGGGAGAAUCUCGCGACUCUAGGACGCGUAGUCGCUAACGGAAACUUCCUUACAUUGUGCCACAGGCAAAGAUACUUCCAGGCUAUAGCGUACUGCCCGCAGUUCUACGGGCUGGACGAGUUCCUAACCGGGUGGGACAACCUCGCGCUGCUCCUCAGACUGCGGGGCUUUUCAAGGGACGACGUGUACAAUGAAGUUGAAACCUGGAUAAAAGUUGUUGGCCUGGAGAGAUACGCCAAAGAACGCGUGAACUCCUACAGCGGCGGCUGCAAGCGGCGGCUGGCCGCGGCGGCAGCGCUGGCGCAGGGCGCGCCCGUGACGCUGCUGGACGAGCCCACGGCCGGCGUGGACGUGUCCGCGCGCAGACGCGUCUGGAGCGUCCUGCGAAGGGGGCUGGCCCAGGAUCGCGCCAUCAUCAUCACUUCGCACAGCCUGAACGAAAUGGAGGCGCUGUGCAAUCGCGUCGCAAUAAUGUCGAGCGGCGAGCUUUGUGCGCUGGGCUCGCCGGCUGAACUGCGCGCCAAACACGCCGCGGGACAUGUCGUGCGGAUUAAGCUACGCCCAACCGCCCAUGUUGGUGACUCUGCAGAAACUCGGGAGAAGUUAAAAAGGGACAUACACAACCAAUUCAAUUGUACACUCAAAGAUGAACACAAGACUAUGCUACACUACCACAUAAACGAGAGAAUGACCAAUAGCGACCUUUUUAAGGCACUUGAAAGCCUUAAAGCGGCCCAUCCAAAUCUAAUAGAGGACUACUCAGCGACGGAAACUACAUUAGAAGAAGUUUUCCUAUCGUUUGCGAGGGAUUCUCAGAAGAACUCUAAUAAAAAUGCUCCCUUGUGACGUGGUUGUGAAGAAAACCAUACUUAAUAUCGACUAAGCACAGAGACUAUCAAAUGCCAUUUACUUUACUAUUGAAAUCAUUGAUUAUGCCUCUAUUACCAUUUUGGCAAUUCGUGUCACCGUAUAUUAUGAUAACUGAGUCAUUCCACGCGUAUCGUCAUAAUACGCGUAGGUGACACUCACCACAGAAAUGAGAAGCCAAAAUGACGAUCUUAGUUUUGUGUACGUCAUACUGUCAAUUUUAUAAAAAUAUACAU